AUGUCUUCAGUUACCAUUCCUACUCGCAAACUGGGCCGCAACGGCCCUGAGAUUCCAGCCAUCGGACUCGGCUUGAUGGGCCUGAGCAUCGCCUAUGGCAACCCAGGAGACGAAUCAUCUCGCCUUGCCUUCCUCGACCAUGCUUGGUCCAUCGGCUGUACAAACUGGGACACGGCCGACGUGUACGGAGACUGCGAAGAACUCCUCGGCAAGUGGUUUUCCCUCCACCCCGAGCGCCGCGAGGACAUUUUCCUCGCCUCCAAGUUCGCCCUCGGCGGCCGGACCAAUGAGAAAGGGGAGUUCAAGUUUGUGAUUGAUUCCACCCCCGAGUACGCCCGACAGUCCAUCGAGAAGAGCCUGAAGAGGCUCGGCGUGGAGUACCUUGACUUGUAUUACAUUCACCGCACGGAUGGGAAGACGCCCAUCGAGAAGACAGCGCAGGCGUUGAAGGAGUUGAAGGAACAAGGAAAGAUCAGGGCAAUCGGGAUAUCAGAAUGCUCGUCCAACACCCUCCGCCGGGCUUCCAAGAUUGUUCAGAUCGACGCUGUUCAGGUGGAAUACAACCCCUGGCAGCUUGAUAUUGAGAACGAGACCGGGACUCAUCUGCUGGACACGUGUCGUGAGCUGGGUGUGACGGUCUUUGCUUACUCGCCGCUGGGCAGGGGUUUCCUCACGGGCCAGAUCAAGUCUGUCGAUGAUUUCGCCGCGGAUGAUUUCCGCCGGCUGGUUCCGAGGUUCAGCCCCGAGAACUUUCCCAAGAACCUUGAGGUCGUCGAGAAACUGGGCGAGAUUGCAAAGAGGAAGGGCUGUACUACUGGCCAACUGGCACUGGCGUGGCUCAUGGCGCAGGGGUCCGACAUCAUCCCUAUCCCGGGGACCAAAAAGGUCAAGUAUCUGGAAGAAAACGUGGCGUCCUGUAAUGUGACGCUCUCGGACGAGGACGUCAAGAAGAUCAGGGCCACCAUCGACAACGCCGACGUCAGCGGGGACCGUAUUUCUCCGGGCUUUUUUGAUGGACUUGCAGCCGAUGAGCAGCUCUAUCAGGACACCCCUGAGCUAUAA